AUGAGUGGAGAAAAUGCAUUGCCGAGUCAUGGGAUCACCGCUGAGGAUAAACUUCUUGCACGGAAGGAAAAGAACGCUGUCGAUUUCGUUCAAAAUUACAGCAAACUUUGGUGCAAAUGUCUAAAGGAUACUAUAAGAAGUUUGGAAAAACGGGCAAUUCUCGAGAACGAUUGCAUGCGAGCUACUGCCAAGGUGUUCCAAGGUCUUAUGACCAGUGUCGGUGCAACGGUUGUCGAACAGGCGAAAGAAACGGAGUUGCACAACACCAAGAGAUAUCGAGAGCUUAUUGAGGUGCUGAAGCGCCAAAGGACGGAGUUCGCAAAAACGAGAGAGGUAUUGAAGGCGAAGUGGAAAGCGGAUUUAAAACGCAUGUUGGACACAGAGAGCGCGUUGUUUAAGGCAAAAUCAGCCUACUUCAAAUGCUGUCAGGCUGGUGUAAAGUUACGCGAGGAUCUGGCCACCGCACAGGCUACACUAGACGACUCUCAGGCCAAUCUCAGAGCUGCUGCCACUGCUGCGCCACUCUCCUCGCCGAUGCCACUGCCCCCUAUUAACGGCGCUGCUUCGGGGUCCCCUGCUGCCGCCUCCGCAGUUAAUACUACUGCCUCCAUGCCCCCUGUUUCAGCAGACAGUGACCUUGACAACCCCUUCCCAGCCAGCUCCAUUUCAGCACCCAUCUCCACUGUCUACGCUCCUCCUCCCCCUCUCGAUCCCGCUCUCAUGAAUGCCGUUGUCAAGCACAAAGCCAAGGUGGAAAGGCUGGAGAGACAACUAGGUGACAAUGACAAGAAGGAGAUGGAAUUGAUGUACGCCUACAGAGAAUCCGUGGAUGCGGCAAACGCUAGACUUGUGGAGCUGGAAAAAAGUCGGUACGAAGAUGUUGCGACCAAGUUUCAGAAUUACAUCCCAUGUCGACCAUAUCAUCGCCUUCUUCAAGAACAUGUUCAAAACGGGACUGAUGUCGUCCUGGAGAAGUACCAAUUUGAGGGCUAUCAUGACAAUCCGGCAAACGCGAAAGACCGAGGCGAUGCUGCGUUUGGAAAAUUCGUAUCUCGAUUCGCUCAGCUCUACUCCAAAGACACGUCUGAUGUGGCUGAUGGUCGUCACUCCGAGUCAGAUUCGGAGGGCGAGGCAGAUGGUGUUCCACAAGGCAGCACCACCGUCCUCUCCUCCCUGGUGCAGUUCGGCUCUACCCUCUUCCGACCCGACCUUAAGAAGACCAAUCUGCGAGGCACCAAGGGCGCCCGGGUCCCUUCUGCCACCGCCGCUGUUGCAUGCACUGACCUCGACCCUGCACAUCUCGCUGCUCUCGAAGUAGCCGCAGAGGUGGAAUAUGACAAUGCCUGCUUUGUCCUCAUUCAGUGCAUAAACGGUAUCGAAGCUCAAAAGGACGGACUGCAAACUCAUGGUAUAUACCGAGUGCCUGCAUCCAAGAUCAAGGUGGCUGGAGUGGUGGAGGCUAUAAGAGCAGCACAGGAGUCGGGCUACAGUUCGGUCGACCUCUCCGGAGAGUACGCCAUCACUUUGGCCAGCACUCUGAAAACUCGACUGAUCCAAUUACCGGAACCCCUGCUAAGCUAUAAUCUCUACGACCAGUUUGUUGAUGUUGGAAAGGCCCUCGAAGCACCUGAUAGUGGAACGGUCGAUGAACAGGCUAAGAAGCUCCACAAUUUGAUUGGUCAACUAUCAUCCGCCAAUCAAAGGGUAGCUGGGCUCUUAUUCCACCAUUUAAAGAGGGUAUCCAACUACCAAUCAGUCAAUCAAAUGGGUGCAGCCAACUUAGCUACAAUGUUCGGCCCUACGGUCCUGCGCCGAAAACCAAGGUUUAAUGUGGCUAACAUGAUGGAGUUUGUGGAUAACGCCUGGCUCAUGAAAGCUGUAGAAUUGUGCAUAAAUCGCGCUGAUGAUGUGUUCGGUCCCCCUUCUGAGUUCACCGCUGCAAUACUGCUAAAGAAGAUCCGAGAACGAGCUGAUGGUACAGUUGUUGAGCUUCUGCCAGCAGGGUCACUGGAGAGGGAUGCGUCCCUAACCCCUGCGAGUUCCUCGAGUGCUCCUACCACCGCUCCUAUCUCUGCCAGCAUCUCUACCGCCGCAGCUCGAGAAGCUUUUUUCGCUGACAUGAGAGGGGAGUCUUUUCCUACCACCCAAAACUUGACAGGGAACGUUCACAAGACUUCACUUCCCAAGUCAGAGCAGUCCUCACCCUUUCCUCAUGACCCAGGCAGGGCAGUCCCACAAAACCAGCCUUUGACCACUUUGCAUCCUCAUAAGGACCCUCCGCCUUCCAACAGGUCGCAAGAAUCUUUGCAGGAGUCUAACAGUGGGAGUGUUAGCGGGAGCGCUGGCUCUGGGUUCAAGCGCCUAAUAAGUGCGAAGGCACAAAACCUACACCAACGUCUGCAGAAUAUCACUUCCGGCUGUGCGGAGAGUUCCACCCGCACCGGCCGCGUCUUUAGUCCACGCAAACUCCUCCACUCCGCAUCACUACGCAACUCGCCUAAAGAAACAGCACGCAAGUAUGCCGAUCCAGCACCGCAGCUCUCAAAAGAGAGUGGGUCAGGAAAGAUACUUGACGUUGAGGACUACAGCUACAUUGAUACAGGUCGUUAG